AUGCCCUUGGGUCAAGUCUGUGACCAAGGGGGCUGCACCAACUUGAGGCCCAGACUACCCAUCCAGAUGGGACUCCGCAGAAGGCGCUGGUGCCAAGUUGGCGUCUCAGCCCGGGAGACCAGAGCACGGCCGGAAGACCCCGCGGACGUGGGGGGGGACACCGUCCCUCGCCCCCGCCCGCGGGGCGCGGGGGUGCGGCACGAGCGAGCGGCCCGGACGCCGGGCCACCCGCUCGCCUCCAGCCGGCGGCGCCCACGCGGGGCGAGCGGGGCGCGCGGGGCAGGCGGGACGCGGGCGGAAGGCAGGGGGGCGGGACCGCGGCCGCCGCUUCCCUCCUCUCAAAGUUUCUCGCAGUUGCACAUUUACUCAGCGCUUCCUGUGGGGGUGAGCGCCUCGCCCUCCCGGCUCGGCCGGCCGCCAGCUCCCGGCGGAAGGAGGCGGGCAGACGCGAGCGGGGCCGGGGCGGCGGCGGGACCCAGCGAGCCGAAAGGGGCCGGGCGCGGCGCGCCCCGGGGUCCCGGAGAGCCGGGUCCCCCCCACCCGGACGCCGCGAGGGGGCGCUGCCGCCGGCGCGGCGGGGACGGGACGGCGGGACGCGGGCGCCCGCGGGGCAGGGCUGGGCCGCCCGCCGCCUCCUCCCGCGCGCGGACGCGGGGCGCGGGCGGCAGCGCCCGGGAAGCCCACGCCUCUCCGGUGCGCGCCCGGGCCGCCCGCUACUUACCCAGGGAGCAGGUGAGGAGCGAGAGCAGCGCCGGGAGUGCGAGGCGGCGGCGGCCGCGGCCGGCGGGCGGCAGCAUCCCAGCGGCGGGGACCGUGCGCCCUGCUGGAGCGCGGGGACGGGAGACGCGCGGGGAGCGGAGCUGCGCCGCUACCGCUGCCGCCCCUGCCGCCGCGGCUGACCCUUCUCCGCCGGCUCCCCUCCUCCCUCCUCGGGCUCCGCCGCGCCGGCUCCGGUCGCGCCCUCUGGCGGCCGGCUUGGGGAGCGUCCCCGUGCCCGUUCCAGCGCCUGCCUGGCCCGCGGCUGUGCCCGCGGUCUCGCCACGCGGUGUGGGUAGAGGUGGCUGCACCUCCGCAGCGACCCUAGCCUCUGCUCCCUCCGGUCGUUAGUCUCCACUCCUUUUCUCCCUCUUCUCCCUUACCUGGACCCCAUCUUCUGCCUUCCUGUCCCCCCCCCCACUUCUCUGUCACCUCCCUUUCCGGGAUCUCCAGGAGUAGUGAAGCUUCUUUUCAAAUUCAUGGUUGACUGCCUCGAUCCCUUUUAUCUUCUAAAACCUGCCUGCCUGGUUAAAAGUUCUAGAAGGUUUCCAGCGUCCAAAGCUGUUCAGCGUUCUUCAGAGAAAACAUCCUGCCACAUGUAUUUGAUUUUGAGUAUCAAAACAAGAUGUGUUUAAAAAGAACAGAAGCCUAAUAAUUAAGCAGCUUACUUACCAGGUAUGUGUUCAAAUAAUUACUCCACGUUUCGUAACGGGCAACUCUUAAGUGCUCAAUCAACGUUCUCACCAAAAUGCACCACGUGAGAAUAUUUUGUGUGCGGGAACAAGGUGUGGGAAAUGGAGCCCCAAAGACAACAGGGAGCACACUCUGUUUAAGUAACAAAUCUGCCCCAGUGUUCUUCCGUUCCACAGUAGACAUAGAUAAAUGGCACGUUACAAAGCUCCAUAACUCACAUUUUAAAAAGGAUUACCUUUCACUUACUCUGGUCAUAUGAUAAAUGGACUUCCUGGAAGUUCCCUCUCCCAAAAACAAGUUGAAAGUUAACUGAAACAAAAUGUGCUCAUGAGGACACUAACAGAUACGUGGUUAGGCACCCCUUGCCUCAGUGCCUCUUCUGCUAUUUGAAACACCAACUGUAAGGGGACCACUCUCCAUGCAAAUGCGUAAAUCUCGUAAACUCUAAGAUUGUGAUAUGAAAAAAGAGCAUGCCUUAUCUCUGUCUUCCUGGGGGUCACGCAUCUUAAUUCCAGAUGCCACCCCCAUAUUGACCCCUGAAAGUAUGCCCCUCCCCUGUGCGGAAAUGAAGCAAGGAGUCCCCUCUUUCUGGGGAGGAGGGCCUGUUACAACAUAAUUAAAACAGUCUGGUAAUUUUUAAAAGAAUUUUCUAAAUUCCACAGAAGAAUAUAAAGACCUAUGCACAAAACCAUAGAUAGCCAAAUAAUCUAAUAAGCAAGCUCCAAACAGAUGGUUUCUGAGCUUAUACUAACUAUAGACCCAGAUGCCAGAAUCCGUUCAUUUAACUGAUAGUGAAUGGUUUCUAGCCCACGUGUCCAUUGCUAAGGCUUUGGAUGCAAAGCAUAAAACAUGGCAUUGAGUACAAACUCACAGUCCAGUUAGGGAGAUAAAAAUGUUCCUAAGUAAUUUUUUUGCCCUGUGAUAAAUGCUACAGUACAGGUGGAUGGAAACACUUUGGAACAUACAGAGGGGGAAAACAAAAUGGUGGCCAUGGGAAUCCAUCAGUAAGGCCAAAGUGACUUGUGCAGGGUCUUAAAGGAGACCUAGGAUCCUGGGCUGAGAAAAGGAGGAAAGGCGUCCCAGGCAGAGACACAACACGCACAAAGCAGAUCAGUCUAAAGAAGUUUGGUGGGCUGUGAAGCGGCCAUAGGGUGGCCCAGGCUUCAUGCCCAGCCCUCUCCCCAUCUGCUACCUCUCUCCCACGGCUUGCAAGUUCCCAUAGCAGCAAAGACCAAGGGACAGAUUCCAACUCUCUGCUCUAGGGCCCUCUCACCUUCAGGAGAGCCGUUUUCUUCGCACACAGAGAAGUGGCCUUAGGGAUUCUUUUCAAAAACCUAAAAUCAAGCCUAGGGUCUGACAGUGGACUAGAAUGUCCAAAACUGGAUCUCUAGGACAUAAGGUCAUUGUAAAUCAGACCCAUGAUGUAACCACCUGGCCAGUCAUGCCAGUCAUCCCCAGAAUCCGUGCACACCUGGUAACAGGAGAGCAACGCGUCACUUCACCUGAUGCUUUAAGCUUUAGGGAAGCAAGAGAAUCUUUACUGCCUGUGGGAGAAGUGUAAGACAGGAAGAAGAGACACACAGCAAGAAACUUCAUGGUUCAGAGUAGAUCCAGUGGCCACAACCUCCCCCUGCAGCAGGUGCUCAAGAGGAACACCCUGAUAACACAAAUAAGGGGGCCUCUCCAAAGCCCUAGAGGAGCCGGUCUCACUUUGCUUCCAAAGCUAGUCAAAAGCCAUAGGUGAAACCUAUCAAGCCAGACUUUCAAACAAGACUUUUAGCCCAAGAGGCUUCACCGCAGGAUUCUUAACAAACCAACAGCCCUGAACCAAGAUCCAGGAAACAAAAGUUACGGUCUCAGCAGGCCCCCAGGACAAGCUCACCAAUCCAAGGCUAUUACCAUUGGAUUUUCUGUUCUUUUGAAGGUACCGUGUGGUACAAACACUUCUCUGAAGGAAAAAAAAAAAAAAAAGCUACCCCCUAGAAACUUCUGAACAGAAGUAGAUCAUCUGCUUUUGUUCUUCUUUCUGGAAUCACAUAUCCUCCAGUUUUCAGUAAGAUUAGGGAUUGCUCCUGAUAGCUGUAUCAACAUGAGCAAUGGGAAAUGUCUGCGUUUGAGUUUUUUUGAAGCAAUUUAAGUAUAUUUUAUCUCCUCUGUGAUCCAUUCUUUUUUUUUUCCUUGAAAGAGAGAGAGAGAGAGACAGAGUACGAGUGGGGGAGGGGCAGAGAGAGAGGGAGACAGAAUCCACAAAGCAGGCUCCAGGUUCUGAGCUGUCUGCACAGAGCCCAACUUGGGGCUCGAACCCGUGAACCACAAGAUCAUGACCUGAGCCAAAGUCGGACACUUAACCGACUGAGCCACCCAGGCGCCCCUCUAGGAUCCAUUCUUAAUAGUCAAUUUAUUUAAACUAAAAUAAUAAUAAUAAUAAUAAUAACAAUAAUAAUAAUUCACCCAUGUCUCCUAUCCCCCACCCAUUACCUCUGGAAACCGAUCUAUUCUCUGCAUCUAUGAGCUUGUUUAUUUUUUUUAUAUAUACAUAUAUUUUUUAGUCUCUGCAUAUAAAAGAGAUCAUACAGUAUUUGUCUUUGUCUGACUUAUUUACUCAAAGUCCAUCCAUGUUGUUGCAAAUGGCAAGAUGUUAUUCCUUUGUGUGGCUGAAUAAUUUUAUUCUUUUUUCAUUACCCAUUCAUCUAUCAGUGGACACAGGUUUUUUCCAUAGCUUGGCUAUUGUAAAUAAUGCUGCAAUGAACAUUGGGGUGCAGAUACGUUUUCCAAUUGGUUUUCGUUUCCUUUGGAUAAAUACCCAGAAGUAGAGUUGCUGAAUCCUAUGGUAGUUGUAUUUUUACUUUUUUGAGGAACCCUUAUACUGUUUUCCAUAGUGGCUGUGCCAGCUUACAUUCCCACCAACAGUGGGAUCCCCACUACUUCCAGACGACCGGAUAUUAAAUGUAGAAAACGCUGAAGACUCCAUCAAAAAGCUUAGAACUAAUACAAAAAAUUCAGUAAAGUUGCAGGAUAUAAAAUAAGUAUACAAAAAUCUGUUGGGUUUCUAUACACUAAUAAUUCGCCAUCAGAAAGAGAAACAAUCCUGUUUACAAUUGCAUCAAAAAGAAUAAAAUACCUAGUAAUAAAUGUAACCAAGGAGAUACAACCCUAUUUGUUAGAAAUUACCAGAAAUUAAUGAAAGAAAAUGAAGAAAACAUAAACAAAUAAAUAAAUAA